AUGCCGGCCCGCUCGCCUGACAGCACGUCCAGUCCUAAUUGCCCUUCCUUUUUGGCUGCUGCUGUAGCCAGAGCCACAUCCGAUGAAGUCCUUCAGAGUGAUCUUUCUGCGCACUGUCUACCAAAGGAAACGGAUGGGACAGAAGGAACUGUGGAGAUUGAGACGGUGAAAUUGGCCCGCUCUGUCUUCAGCAAACUGCAUGAUCUCUGCUGCAGCUGGGUGAGAGACUUCCCUCUGCACAGGAGGCCCCGGCUCUAUUAUGAGACAUCGAUCCAUGCCAUCAAAAACAUGCGCAGGAAGAUGGAGGACAAACACGUCUGCAUUCCCGACUUUAACAUGCUCUUCAACCUCGAGGACCAGGAGGAACAAGCCUACUUUGCCGUGUUUGAUGGCCACGGUGGAGUGGAUGCAGCCAUUUACGCCUCCAUUCAUCUCCACGUUAACUUAGUCCGGCAGGAGAUGUUUCCCCAUGAUCCUGCCGAGGCCCUGUGCCGGGCCUUCAGGGUCACUGAUGAGCGCUUUGUGCAGAAAGCAGCUAGGGAGAGCUUAAGAUGUGGGACCACAGGCGUGGUGACCUUUAUCAGAGGCAACAUGCUGCACGUGGCCUGGGUGGGCGACUCGCAGGUGAUGCUUGUGAGGAAGGGCCAAGCCGUUGAACUCAUGAAGCCGCACAAGCCCGACAGAGAGGAUGAAAAGCAGCGCAUCGAGGCCCUGGGCGGCUGUGUGGUCUGGUUCGGUGCCUGGAGGGUGAACGGAAGCCUGUCGGUGUCCAGAGCCAUUGGAGAUGCUGAGCAUAAGCCAUACAUCUGUGGGGAUGCAGAUUCUGCCUCAACGGUGUUGGAUGGGACUGAAGACUACCUCAUUCUGGCCUGCGAUGGCUUCUACGACACCGUGAACCCUGACGAGGCAGUCAAAGUUGUGUCCGACCACUUGAAGGAGAACAACGGAGACAGCAGCAUGGUGGCCCAUAAAUUAGUGGCAUCCGCUCGUGAUGCUGGGUCAAGUGAUAACAUCACUGUCAUUGUGGUGUUCCUGAGGGACAUAAACAAAGCUGUAAAUGUUAGUGAGGAGUCAGAUUGGACAGAGAACUCCUUUCAAGGAGGGCAAGAAGAUGGUGGGGAUGAUAAGGAGAAUCAUGGAGAGUGCAAACGCCCUUGGCCUCAGCACCAGUGCUCAGCCCCUGCCGAUCUAGGCUAUGACGGGCGCGUGGGUUCAUUCACUGAUAGAACUAGCCUGAGCCCUGGGUCCCAAGUCAACGUGCUGGAAGACCCGGGCUACCUAGAUCUCACCCAGAUAGAAACAAGCAAAUCUCAUGGUGCCCAGUUCUUGCCACCAGUUGAGAUGCUUGGUCCUGGCGCACCAAAGAAAGCCAAUCUUGUUAAUGAGCUAAUGAUGGAGGAAAUGUCAGUCCAAUCAUCACUGCCUCAAUGGAGUGGCGCUGGAGAGCUUCCCACUUCGUUUAACGUGGGCGCCACAGGGCAGCAGACAUGCAGAAUGGAGAGCUCGUCUCCUGCUGUCUGUUCUAGGUCGGAAAACGAACAGUUCAAAUCCCUGGGAAAGAGAGUUUCUAGAUUGUCUCGCUUACGGCACCAUUACUCAAAGCAGCGGCACGGAUUCAGGUUGAAUGCCAAGUUCUCUUCCUGCCUCUCGGCUCGGGAGCUUUCCCACAGAACGGGCACUAGCCUGUGCUCACUUAUCCGAAGUGGGAGGAGAAAUAGGAUGUUGAGAAGCUUUCUGCCAUGGAGGCACAAUAGUUGGAAAGGAUCCGGUGAGAACCUGAUGAAGCUCAGAAAGAGUAAUGAGACCCCAUCCUCAGCUCAUCCCUGGAACUAUAAAAUAUAACUUCUUUUCCGUUCAAGUAGGGUAGCUAGCUCUCCCCCCGAGAAACACCAUUAUCAGAGUAGAAACAAGACAGGCAUUCCCGAACCAUGCGUGUGCUUCAUCACGAAUCCACGAAGGCUCAAUCCCACAUGUAAAUAGGUCUCGAAAAGCUCAAAAGUACAGUGUUUCGAUCGAAAAGCAAGUGUUGGCGAUUUCACUACUGAAAUUCCACAACAGGCCCCUGUGAUGUGUUUCCACCCCCACAUCCGACGCUUCCCCCCUUCACGUCACUAGUGGAAGCUUGAGGCAGCUUCUGUCAGGAUAUAGUGCUGAAAUCCCAGCAAUUGAAUUCUGGUCUGAUGUGCCUAACUUAGAUAUGGAAAACAAUGCAGAAUUAAACCUCGUCAGGAAAUUACCCCCACCCCCCAAUCCCAGGGAAAGUAAGGAGCCCCCUUCUCCCCACCCCCUUUUUGAGUAGGCCAAAAAGCCAUACGGUUUUAACUGCUGACAGUGAAAUGUCGAAAAGGAGUGACAGCGGCCAGGAUCUCAGACUUGGGGCACAAUACAGAGUCAGAGUCUGAAUGACUUUUCCUGCCAGUAUCAUAGAAGAUGAAUGAUGAAGUAUUUUUAAUUAAAACAAAGUUUUCCUAGGCCUAUAGUUAUUUGGAAGCUUCAUAACCUAUUUUGGUGCUUUGGGCAGAAUUUUUAUUAUUUGUCAUUGUAGGAGAUUGCUGUCACCUGGCUUGAAUCUAUGAUGCUAACGUGAUUUUCAGUGUACCUUCAUCUCAGGAAAAAAACCAAAGUGGCUUACGGGAGAUGAUGUCAGGUACAAAUGUGCUAGAAUCAAAUUGCCACUUAUAAAGAUAACCAAACCAAAUAGUAUUUUUAAGGUUUUUGCCUCACCCCUCUUUUUGGGUUUGCAGACAGCAAAGGCCUUUAUGAGUCGGAAAUAAAAAAACUGUUUUAGAGAA